AUGUAUUUGAAAGUAGUAAGAGGUUUACCAUCAUUGAUAACUACAACGAGUACUUCUACCACUACCAGUGGUUCUAGUAUAACGACUUCGACAACUACAUCAGGAAGUCAGAGCCACGACGCAUCUGGUUCAACAACGUCAUAUUCUUUUUCUUUUUCUUCUUCUUCUUCUAGUCAUUUGUCUACAAGUACCAUACAUGCUACAGUUGUUAUACCGAACCAAAAAAAUGCUCCUUACAGUUAUUAUUAUCCUGGUGAUAUAAAUGGCACAGUGUACAUUGCAUUCGGUGGUGUUUUGGGUUUCCUUUUAUUCUUGAUCAUUUUAAUAUGGUCUAUUUUAUCUUUUAAAUCAUGGUAUGAAGCAAGAACACAAAAGCACUAUAGAGACACUUUAAAACAAAAUUACAAUAAUUUAAUGUACACUCAUACCAAUGGAAGUGACGACUAUUUCACAGAUGACUUAUUCAAGGAUGAAUCAAAGGAUCCUUCGUCUGGUGCCGCCAAUUCUACAAGUACUUCUCCAUCUCAUUCAUAUAAUUCUCGUUCUUCUAUACAAUCUUCAAGCCAUGUCUCUGAUAUAUCAGAAAAAUUAUUAAAACAGAAACAAGCACAGCAGGGAGUAGCUAGUUCAAUAACAAGAAAAUCCAAGGUAUUCGUUAAUAGCCAUAAUAGCAGUUUGUCUAAUCUCACUAAUAAUUGCAGUACUAAUAAUACCAAUACUAAUGAAGAGUAUCAGGAAUUGUUUGUUUCUCCAACAGAAGUAUUAUUCAAUGGGAAUAAAUUCGCACAUACUCGCAAUAACAGUUAUAGUUCAAUAACAUUAUCUGCUUCAUCUAUAUCAUCAUCUCCGAUGCGUACAUUUGGUCCUUUCCUAAAUAAUAAUAAUAAUAAUAGUAAUAGAGAGAACAUAAGUAUUCCAUCUAUAACUUUAAAUAGUGGCACUCCGAUACAUAUAGGUACUUCAACUCCGAUGGGUAACUCUAAAAUAAAUAAUAACACAAAUACUAAUGUUAAGUCGAAGAAAUUUAGACCACCAAGUGUUCAUUUGGACCAAUUGUUGGAUCAACAGUAA